AAAUAAUCCUGUACCGUUUUAUGAAGACACGGAGGAACCGGCCGCUUAAUAUACACGUUUGUCGUCUUUUAAGUUUGUCAGUGGACAUUUGAAGGAUGUGUGUCCUGUGACUGAUCCAGGUUUUUAUCACUACAUGAUGAACUGUUUUUAAAACGGGAAAUCUGAAGUGAUUAGCUAUCAGCUAGCAGGUAGCAUCGAGCCGGCUCUUCAGUUUACUCUUCAGUUUACUCUUCAGUUUACUCUUCAGUUUGUUCAGAGUUCUGCUGUAGCUCCAGCUACUCCUCGGUGCUGUUGGACUCUGAGAAGGAGCAGCACAUCGAGUCGUUCCUGCAGACGGGGAUCAUGUCCAGACGCAGCCUGCGUAUCGAUGACGGCCUGUUGGACCGCAGUCUGCCGCACGCCAGCGCCUCCUUCAGCGUGGGAGGAGCCGGCUGGAGGAGCAACAGGUCGUUGAAGUCUCGUCGUUCUCAGCAGCUCUCCUCCUCCUGCUCGGAGUCUCUCCUCCACACUCCUCGUAAACAGACCGGUCACUCGUUUCUGAACAGCAGCCUUCACAGCGGGGCCUCCGACGCCUCCCUGAUCUCCUCCAUGCUGGACGAGUCCUCCAUCCAGGAGACCACGCUGCUCGACACGCUCUGGGGUUUGGAUCAGGACAUGGAUCCUAAAGAGAGCACCGUCGUCCUGGCAGACCGCACGCUGAUCGCUUCAGACGGCUGCUGUCCCAAACACCAGCUGCACACGCUCAGUAGGGUUUACUGUAAAGACUGUGACGAGCUGGACAGAAAGUACCCCUCCCUCUCCUCCCCCUCCUCCCCCUCCUCUUCCUCCUCCAUGCAGCCUCCAGGCCCGGACACUUCCAUCAUCUACAGCCGCAAGAGUCGCACGGGUGUGCUGGUGUCUGUGUGGGACAGGUCGGCAGCCUGUGUGUUCUCCCUGCUCUCUCUGCUCUACCAUCACCUGAUGCUGCGCAAACACAGAGACCUAACAGGUAGCAGAGACUGAUUCUCACCAGCAAGUUUCAACUAGCGUCUAAUUCACAUAGCACACACACAAAGGGUUAAACACUCCUCUAACGACGGCGUCUCUGUGCCGCGCUGCUGGUUCA